AUGAGCAGACAAGCCUGCAAGAAAUCCUUCAGCUGCGGGAGCCAGGGCUUCUCGGGCCGCUCAGCCGUGGCGGCCUCUGGCAGCAGCAGGAAGAGCUGUGUGGCACGCUCAGCGGCAGCCGGUGGAGGGGCUUGUGGGUUCCGGAGUGGAGCAGGGAGCUUCGGCAGUCACAGCCUCUACAGCUUGGGUGGCAGCAGGAGUAUCUCUAUCAGCGUGGCAGCCAGUGGCUCCCGGACUGGUGGCCUCAGUGGAGGGCGUGGCAGCUGUGGUGGUGGCUAUGGAGGUGGCUUCGGAGGUGGCUUUGGUGGUAGCAGAGGAAUGGGAGGUGGCUUUGGGGGGGCUAGUGGCUUUGGUAGGCCUGGUGGCUUUGGCCCUAGUGGUUGUCCUGGGGGAAUCCAGGAAGUGAUCAUCAACCAGAGCCUCCUACAGCCCCUCAAUGUGGAGAUUGACCCCCAGAUUGGGCAAGUGAAGGCCCAGGAGCGGGAACAGAUCAAGACCCUCAACAACAAGUUUGCUUCCUUCAUCGACAAGGUGCGCUUCCUGGAGCAGCAGAACAAGGUUCUGGAGACCAAGUGGGGGCUGCUGCAGGAGCAGAGCACAGGCUCUGCCUCGGGCCCCCGGAACCUGGAACCUUUCUUUGAAUCCUACGUCGGCUGCUUGCGUAAGCAGUUGGAUGCACUUCUCGGGGAGAGGGGAAGCCUGGAGGCUGAGCUGAAGAGCAUGCAAGACCUGGUAGAAGACUUCAAAAAGAAGUACGAGGAGGAGAUCAACAGGCGUACUGCUGCAGAGAACGAGUUUGUGGGGGUGAAGAAGGAUGUGGAUGGUGCUUAUGUGAACAAGGUGGAGCUGCAGGCUAAAGUGGACAGCCUGACGGACGACAUCAACUUUCUGACAGCCCUUUAUGACAGGGAGCUGUCCCAGAUGCAGAGCCACAUAAGCGACAUGUCUGUGGUCCUCUCCAUGGACAACAACCGCUGCCUGGAUCUCGAUGGCAUCAUCGCCGAGGUCAAGGCCCAGUACGAGGACAUCGCUCAGAGGAGCAAGGCUGAAGCCGAGGCCCUGUACCAGGCUAAGCUUGGGGAGCUGCAGACCACAGCCGGCAGGCACGGGGAUGACUUGAGGAGCACCAAGAGUGAGAUCAUGGACCUCAACAGGAUGAUCCAGAGGCUGCGAGCCGAGAUUGAGAACAUUAAGAAGCAGAACGCCAACCUGCAGACGUCCAUCGCGGAAGCUGAGCAGCGUGGCGAGGUAGCCCUCAAGGAUGCUGACGCCAAACUCCAAGACUUGCAGGCUGCCCUGCAGAAGGCCAAGGAAGACCUGGCCAGGCUGCUGCGGGAGUACCAGGAGCUCAUGAAUGUCAAGCUGGCGCUGGAUGUGGAGAUCGCCACCUACAGGAAGCUGCUGGAAGGAGAGGAGUGCAGAAUGUCUGGAGAGUGCCCGAGUGCCGUGAGCAUUUCGGUGGUCAGCAAUGUUACCAGCACAAGCAGCAGUUCUGGAGGCUUCAGAGGGUCUGGUGGCAGCACCUAUGGAAGGGACAGCAGGGGCAGCAGCAACAGCGGCAGCAGGGGCAGCAGUGGGAGCAGGCUUGUAAGUGGAGGCGGCAUCUCCGAGAGUCAGCGCAGAACAGGCUUUAACACUGGUGGCACCCAGACCUCUGUUGGCAGCAGCUACGAGUCCAGCAGAGGAGGUGGCGGCAGCAGUGUCCGCUUCUCCCAGACCACCAGUUCCAUCCAGCAAGUCGGGGUGGUUCAGCUACUAGUCUGGGCUGAUGGUGCUCCUGGAGAAGCUCCUGCGGUGGGCCCCAAAUCUGGACAGCAAACCCCUGAGCCUACCUACGCCUUCCUGAGCCUUGGUGUCGGUUCUCAAGAAGCCUUCCUCAUCACAGCUGGCUCACCCUCACAGCUGGCUUCCUUCCUCCCCUGA